AUGGUGAGAGAUGAGACAACCGAUAAUGAUUAUGUCGAUUGUGUUCAAAAAGUGGAACACGGGCUACGGAUAUUGGCCGUCAUCGUUAUUUGUUUUGUAUGUGCUCACUUGUAUACCUCAAGUAAUUAUCAUAUUGACGAUUUACAAACACUUCUUGACCAAUCGGUGAUAUCCAAGGUGGAUCUCGCCCCACAAGGAGGCCGGAAUAGGAAGCAAACGCCAGGCAAUAGUGUCUUACCAGGCCACGAACCACCAGAAAACCUCCACGAAUACCCAAAGCCAAAGAACCUGAAAUUAAAAGACUAUAGCCUCUUUUUCGAUGGCUUGGAGAGUUAUAGCAUACUGGGAGAACUGAUCAAGGGGAAGUACACUACUGAAAAGGCAAAAGAAUUGUUCUCAACAACAGAUGAUUUCUUGUUCAGCAAAGAGUAUCUUGAAAACGUUUUGGAUAUCCCUCAAGAUGUUUUUGAGUCCAUUAAAGAUAGUCAUCAUAGAUAUGUAUUUAAACACAUCCCCAGUUUGCUUCGAAGCAAAGGAGUCGUCACUUUUGGCAACCUUGUGCGCAGUGACGAAGCUUGGAGCGAAUAUGAAGGAUCUUCGGGCUAUGUAUUGGUUGGUGGUGGAAAGUAUAGUUGGCUAUCUUACCUUGUUAUAAAGCAAAUCAGAGCCACUGGAGCUCAAUUACCCAUUGAAUUGUUUAUUGCAUCAGAAGAUGAAUAUGAAGAGAAAUUCUGUACUCACAUUGCGCAAGAAUACAAUGCACAAUGCAAUGUCUUUGACAAAGCCUUGGCCCAGUCGCUACUGGAUCGUUUUAAAAUAGGAGGGUACCAGUACAAAAUGCUAGCAUUGUUGAGUUCCAAAUUUGAAAAUGUUUUGUACAUGGACUCGGAUAAUUUCCCAACAAAGAAUAUGGAUUACAUAUUUGACUCUGAAUUGUACAAACAGAAACAAAUGAUAUUAUGGCCCGAUGCAUGGGCAAGAACUACAAACCCAAAGUUUUAUGACAUUGCCGAGCACCCAGUCAAGCAAAACAAGCUUCGAUACUCCAAGUACGACAUUAAGCAAGCCGGCGGCGAGGACCAUUUAGAGCCUUUGUCAAAAUACACAUUUGCCAACUCUUGGUUUCAUGACUUUGAAGGAGCACUACCAGACCCCACCUCGGAGACCGGAAUGUUCAUCAUUAAUAAAACAAAUCACUUGCGAACUUUAUUACUAGCAUUGUACUAUAAUGUCUUUGGCCCCGAUUUCUACUAUCCAAUCUUGACCCAAGGGUCUGCAGGUGAAGGUGACAAGGAGACGUUUAUUGCCGCUGCAACGGUGAUGGAUGAGCCAUGGCACCAGACGAAAAAGCAGUUCUUGUGGACGGGUUACAAUUCAGCAGCUACAAAUAAGUUUGAAUCGAAAGCAUUAGCUCAUUUCGACCCUGUACAAUCCAAUAUGGAACCACAGCCUGAGAAAGUGGAUAUCGUGUUUAUGCACUUGUCAUACCCCAAGUUCUUUCCAGAUUGGCUUGUUGAUAACCAUGAUCUUGUAUAUGCUGAUAGCGGAGAGCACAUCCGAAUGUAUGAAGCCAUCAAUACGAAUGUUGGCUAUGAUUUCGACUUGCGUGUGUUGCAACUUUUCACCGAAUCGAUUUGUCCAAACUAUUACGGCGAGGACGGAUUGGCUAUUGAUGGUGAGACGAAAUUGGAAAUGAGAAAAGAAUAUAUGGGUAAUUACCUAAGCUAUAUUCAAGCGGACGAGGAGAAAAACAGAGAGCGUUGUGAGAAAGUCUUUAUACCACACUUGAAGUGGCUAAAGGGAUCAACAAAAACUUUUAUUUAG